AUGGAUCCGGAAAGGCAUUCGUCUUUACCCACACCAGGCGCUGCCUGGUCCUCACAAUCGGCCAAUGUUCCUCCCCUAUUAGACGAAGAGCUGAGCGCUGACGUCGAUGAGCCGCCCGACUCUUGCUCUGGCAAGCCGCAGCUUGCCCUCGGAGACUUCAAGAAGACAUGCGUCCGGAAGCAAUCGGAUCGUCAAUCCUCGCUCCUCACAAGGGCCCUGCUGUGUGAGCAGGGUGAGGAUAUGGCCCUUACCACUCCGCGAACCAGCAUGCUCUACCGCCAGCGAAGGCGAUCUAUGACGAGCAACAUCAGCCUCGCCUCGACCGUUGAUCUUACCAGCGAUACCGGCCUGACCAGCCCAUCAAGGGCUGAAACCCCCAGUCCGCCCCUUCCCGAGAUGCUCACUCUCCGUAUCCACGACCACGGCCACCACAAUCACCAUGGCCUCAAGCCUCGGUUCGGCGCGUUGCCAGAAAAACCGGCCCGCGUGCAGUUUGCUGCUCCUUCCCGCGAUGCCAACGCCGAACCCACCCGCAAACCGUGCAUCAAGUUUGCCUGCCCCAGCAUCGUCCCCGCCACACACUCCUCUAAAGAGCCUAACGCUAUUCAAGCUGCCGAUGUGAUGGCCUCGCAGAAGUCAGCCUAUGACGAGCCAAAGGAAGAUGAUUGGAUCCGCGAAGAGCACUUUUCUCCGAAGAAGCGGAUCACGAUCAAGGACACGCUCAUCAUGGAAAAUCACAUCCGGAAAAUUGGCGAAGAGGCUGAAGAAGAGGCAGAACAAGAGGAGAAUGAUGAGGACAACGUGAAUGGUGAGGACCUCGCUGAUGAGGAUGAGGAUGAGGAUGGAGAUGGAGACGGAGAGGACGACGAUGAAGACAAUGAGGAGGAUGAGGACGAAGAUGAAGACGAGGAUGAAGACGAGACUGACUACGGGUCCGUCGAUGGUGAUGACGGCUACCAUACCGACGAAGAGACGGGCUUUGCUGAGUCCGAUGAGGACGAGGACGAGGAUGACGAUCUCCACCUUUGGAACCAUGGCAUCAAGCUUGCUAUUGGCACUUCUCCUCAUCCUCUUCUUGCCAGGCGCCGUUCAUCGACCACGGAGCAUCAUUCUGAUUCCUCAACUGCAACUCGUGAUGGCCUUGACUCAAGAAGGAUGGCCACACCACGACGGAGGAUUCCCCGGCCUGUAGUCCCUGAGCUUCCCGACAGCACCGAUUUCGUGUGUGGUACUUUCGACGAGGACCGCGAGACACACAUCAUCCCCCAAGAUAUCGAUCCUAGCUUUCCGACAUCCGAUAUCGAAGAUGGUGAUGGCGAGGAAAUGUUCAAUCCUGUCCAUGAUGAGACUGAUGAGCAGAUUUGGGAGAUGGACGAUGUCAACAACGACAAGGAGCGCUCUUCCCGCAAGAAAACCAAGUCUACCCAAUGCUCCCCUAAGAGAUAUCACUCACCACCUCCUAAAGCCCUCAAACUCCGUGGUCGCUCGCCCCGAGGUGUGCCGGAUAAGCAUUCUCCUCGCCAGAAUCACGUCCGUGGAGCCAUCGAUAUUGUCAAGGGACUCGAGAAGAAGCGCCAGAGGCGCAAGGAGAAGUUUUAUCAAAAAUACUGCAACCGAGCCCGCAAAGGCCAGGUCCAAGAACGCAAGGCCCUCCCUGGCCAGGGAGCGACUAAGAUGAGGGAGUUGGGCCUCCUCAUGGCCGGUAAGACUGACCGAGGCAACUAUGUCCUCUCCGUCUGA